GGGGAAAACUGAGCAGCUACAAAUACCGGCGUCUGUGGAAACGGAUUAGAAGAGAACAAGGGAUAAACGACCAGUGGAUAAACCUACCGACAAGUCGGACUUUACGUUGUUUUUAUUCCAGAUAUUUCUACGUUGAACCAUGAAUAAGGACACUGAAAUUGAUAUGAAGGAAGUGGAGCUUAAUGAGGUGGACCCUGAAAAGCAGCCCAUGACUGGUGAUGGCCAGGCAGCAGGAGGAGAGAAAAAUGGUAGUGUCAAGCUAAAGGUUCCUGAUGAUGAAGUGACAUUCACAGGCCUGUCCAAGGAUGAGCUCAUGAAGGUUGCUGGCACUCCAGGAUGGGUGAGAACUCGAUGGGUGCUGCUUGUCCUCUUUUGGCUUGGCUGGGUUGGCAUGCUGGCCGGCGCUAUUGUAAUCAUUGUCCAGGCCCCUCGCUGCAAACCAAUCCCUGAGAUGAACUGGUGGAACGAAGGACCCUUGUAUCAGGUCUCUGAUGUUGAAGCCUUCUCUGACGGACUGGCAGGUGUGGAGAAAAAGUUAGAUAACAUCAACCAGUUGAAGGUGAAAGGUCUGGUUCUUGGCCCUCUUCACACUGUCCAGACUGACCAACUCAACGCCCUGAAAUUGAAAAUGAUUGACGCAUCACAGGGAAGUGAGGCGGACCUUGUGUCUCUGCUGGAAAAGGCCCACAAGAAGGGCAUUUCUGUGGUGCUUGACCUGACUCCAAACUAUAGAGGAAGCUCUUUAUGGUUUAAUUCUGCUGAUCCGAGUAGUGUGAUCGAGGAUGUCAAGGCUGCAGCAGAGUACUGGACGAAUUUGGGUGUUGACGGCAUCAAGGUGUCUGAUGUUACUACUGUCUCCUCCUCUGUGGAGUGGUCCAACCUGGUGGUUGCUUUAAAGGCCAACCGUACUGAUGACACAAAGAAGAAGAUGUUGAUGGGUGUUGCAGAAGGAAUUCCAGCUCCACAGGUUGCUCAACUUGUCAAUACCUCAAGUGUUGACCUCCUCCUGUCUGACCUGCUUAGCACCCAACAAGGUGUGGAUCGAAUGCCAGCCAUAGAGAUGCUCCAGUCUCUGCAGAGGAGUUUGGGUUGGGGUAUGGGUGCAGCUCAGCGGUCUCAGCUCUCCAAACUGGUGAAAACUCCAGACUUGAUCCGUCUUUACCAACUCCUGCUGUUCACCAUGCCUGGGACCCCAGUGUUUACCUAUGGAGAUGAAAUUGGCCUUCAGGCAGUGCAGGGUGGAAGCUCUCCAAAAAUGGUUUGGGACAUAGAGACGGAACCUGCAGAAGGUACUGCCAAUGAGACCGUGGAGGCUGAGCGUAAAACACGUCUUGCAAUAAGGAAGUGGUUCAAGGACCUCAGCGACCUGCGAGUAAAGGAGCGCUCUCUCCUCCACGGGGACUUCUACCCCUUAGAUUCCACCCGUACAGCGCUGGCUUUCCUGCGUCUGUGGGACCAGAGCGACAGAUACAUAACUGUUGUAAACUGGGGCACAGAGGCUGCCACCAUCAACUUCCGUUUCCCACAAACAGAGGAAGUAGGCGAGCUACCAAAGACGGCCAAAGUGAAGCUGUCGACAGAUCCAGACCUGGAGGUGGAUGCCACAGUGAACCUGGAUAAAAUCACCCUUGCACCCGCACAAGGCGUCCUCCUGCACUUCCCUUACAUGGGCUAGAGAUGGCACCAAACUAUUGUGAUGGGUUUUUAGUCAGUCCUAAUUCAUAAGAAUAAGAUAAGACAGAACUUUUUACCACAAAAAGCGAUAGGACUUUUUCAGUUAAUUCAGUCAGAACAGAAUUGGGUCAAAGACAAGUCUACAAAAUGCUUGAUGUGGGCUAGUACAUGGAUUUAGUACUUUUGAUACGGCUAACAAUUUGUCUAGCUUACUUUGGGUUUUUUUUUUAUUUUAUUUUGUUCUAGGUAAAGAUCCAGUCUGCUCACAUACACCCAUUCAUUACAUGUUACUUUUUAUUGUUGAUUGUAAAACAAAGACAUUCCAUUCUUGUUCUCUGGGCAUUUGUUGCGUUUUGUUUUUUUAAACUAUGAAUUUUAAGAAAUUCUAUUUUAUUUGCCGUUUUUACUGGGUUUCAUUGGCUUUUUUUUUUAAUGGAGAAAAACCUGUAUCACAGGAAAACCAUGUUAUCUUUGAACAUGUGUGGUUUAGAAGUGUUUCAGUGCAGCGAACAACUGUUGUGAGUGACGCGCCGUCUGGUUACUUAAUUGAAAUGAAAUUAAUAAACAAGUUCUGUACUGA